UCCAGUAGCGCUACUCUUCUCGGCGCAACAUGUGUUUCCCUGACGCCAGUUAUUGUGACAGCAGCCAGACUGCCAUAUAGCUUUGACAAAUUAUCUUUUCUAAUAAUACAUGAUAUUUGUGCGCUUGUUAAAAUGAUCUCGGAGGAGAGAAGCAAUCACAUCUCUAAGCAAGCUCUCGGCUUCCCUGUGGGGUUAUUGAUCCGCUCGCCCAAGAGACGCCUGGCGAUGCUGACCCGAAAGCCAAGCAACGGAUCUCUACAGUCCAGCGCGUCUGACAGCACGGCUCGGUCUGUGGAGAGCACCGGAGUCAGGCAGCCGGCCAAGAGCAAGAUACGCAGACACAACAACAAGCUGACCACGGUCUUUAACCGCAGUCCUAUCCUGCCGAACGGCCGGACCCUGGAGCCGCACGCGGCGGACGACCCCGCAGAGCUGUCCAGUCAGAGGACCGUCCCAGGGAUACUCAAGAUAUUUGGCAGUGACAUUUGUCAGGGGACCAACUAUAAGAGCGUUCUGGCCACCGGUCACUCCAGUGCCAAAGAGCUGGUCAGAGAGGCUCUGGAGAGGUACUGCUUGGAAAAGGAAGACUCCAGUGCAUAUGUGCUCUGCGAUGUGAUUGGCCGAACCGGGUUGGACCACGAAUGGAAGACUGAGUGCGUUCGGGUUGUCGGCGACCAUGAGAAGCCCCUCAUGUUGCAGUCACUCUGGAAACCCAAAGAGGGAUUCUCCAGGCGUUUCGAGAUCCAGAGAAGAGCCAGCGUGGAGGCGCAGAGUGCCAAGGAUACAGACACCAUCACUGCAGGCCUCAAUGCGCAGGCCCGAAAGCUGCUGCACGCCCGUUCGCGGGUCACCUCCCUGUUCGUGGAUGGGACGAAUGAAGGGGUAGAUGCUCUGGGUAUCUGGAGGAGCUUGAGUGAAAUGGAUGUCUCCACCAUGGGAAAAGGAGCCAGUGAGACCCAUAAUGCACCUCAGCUGGAGGAUCCAGAGGCAGAGGCUGAUAAAGAGGCUCACCGCCUCAACGCAGAGAAAGAGGAGACGGAAAGCAGCGACGACAACCACACGCAGUACUCCAUCCACCUGCCCUUUGAUUUCCCAUAUUUCCUUCUGCUGCAGGGAUACAGCCACACACAGGACUUUCUGAUCUAUCUGAUGAGUGGGAACAGUUGUGUAUUUGGCUGUCCCAGUAAAUCCUCCACUGGUAAGAAUGAGGAGAACCUGAAGAUUGACGUCUUACUCUUUGCUCCCGACAUCCUACCUCAGCAUUGCUGCGUACAGCGCCUAGACGCCGCCAAAGACCAAACUAAGGGCGGCAGUAAGACGCAAACCAUGCUCAGACCCCUCCACAGCGCAUGUGUAACACACAACGGCGUCCCUCUUGAUGACGAGGUUGAGUUGUUUCCAGGUGACCUGGUGGGGCUCGGUCAGCACUAUCUCUUCAUGUUCAAGGACCCUACGGCCUCAGGAGACUUUCAGACCCCGUCCUGGAUGGCCACCCUGUGUCCCCCUGCCACGACGUCCCCCUGUAAACUGUGUGGGACGUCUGUCAGGAGGAGGAGGACUCAAAAAAUGGCCGCCCGCUGGAGGGACUUGGAUGGUAGGGUGGUGUCGCUAUCCUAUCAGGUGCAGCACGAAGAUCAAGUCUUGGAGAAGAUUCUCCGGAUGGUGGAUUCAGGAAGGGAAGAACCCAAACUCACUCCAGCCUUUCUACUGUGUCUGUGCAUUCAACACUCGGCCACCAACUUUGAGAUGGCUCACCUUCGGAAAUUGCUGCUCUCUAUCGCCAAUCAUAUCCAGCUCACCAUGUGGGAAAGAACAAAAGAACUUGCAGCUCUGCAGCCAGACAUAAGCUCCAGUGAUAUGUCAGCAGAGCUGCAUGUGUUGAACAUGAAGGAUCUGAUCCCAGGCCUGCAGCCGCUGGUGCUGUGGAUGUCCAACUCCAUUGAGCUGCUGCACUUCAUCCAGCAUGAGGUCCCUCUGCUCUUAACAUGGAGACAGCAGGACAGACAGGAACAGGACAAAGAAUCAUUGGAUUGUCAGAUCCAGUCCACACGUGCUGCCAGUGAGGAGGCCAUGACUGUCCUAGAGGAAGUCAUCAUGUUCACCUUCCAGCAGUGUGUCUACUAUCUCACCAAAAGCAUGUAUGCUGUGUUACCGGAGCUGCUGGACAGUAACCCUUUCUCUGAGAGCGGACAGCUGCGCAUGCCCGCGGGACUCAGCCGAGUCCUGGACGUCCUGAAGGAGGCACUGCACCUGCUCAACACUUUCCUGGUGCACCGCGAGAUCACGUCUCAGCUGCUGACCUACCUGUUCUUCUUCACCAACGCCUCGCUCUUCAACGCGCUCAUGGAGAGAGGGUCUGGCGGUGGUUUCUACCAGUGGUCCAGAGGAGUGCAGAUCCGGGCCAACCUGGAUUUGCUGAUGGACUGGACCCAAAGCGUCGGGCUGGGAGAUUUGGCUGCCGACUCCUUCCAGAAACUCUCCUCAGCCGUCAACCUGCUCGCGACCCCCAAAGAGACCCUGCUGCAGGCAUCAUGGUCCACUCUGCGAGCUGAGUUUGUUCAUUUGAACCCUGCACAGCUGCAUCAUAUGCUGAGAGAGUACAACACAGCCCGUACGUGCCCUCCAUGCUGGACCCCGUCUCCAGAGGAUUCAGCGGCGGCCCUCCAUACAUCUAAUAUCCUGGAAAGUUUCGACAACCAUCCUCCUCUAAUCCUGCCCGGCAGCAUCUUUCAUCUGGAGCUGGGAAAUCCCAUCACAGAGCCAGGGCUGUUCCCUCCAUUGCAGAAUCUGCAGGAGUUUAUCCAGUCUCUCCCAGAGAGCCAGACACCGUCUGAUCAUCAGCCCUCACAGGGCUCCAGCAGUAACUUGAAUGAAGAGACUGAACCAACGACUGAACCAAUCACCUGCCAGGAUUCAGAGGCAACAGAUCAACACCCUGCCACCAUAACACCUCCUCCGCUCCGGGACUCUCACAGCAACCUGAGCUCGUGUGAGGCCGUCCUGACCCAGAAACUCAAGAGCCUGGAGCUCCAAAACAGCUUGUCUGGGAGUACAGACCUGGGCUACCACAAGAGUCUGGCCCUCGACCCCUCCUGCCUGCUCACGCCUCCCAACACCCCUCAGAAUCUCGACCAGGCCGAGCUGGAAACAGGCCCACUGGAGGGGGCGACGCAGCAGACGGCACACCAGCACAGGAAAGAAAAGAAUGGCGUGGAAGGAAACACAGAGCACAGAAGAGAGGAAGAUGAGGAGGACAGUGAUGAGGUGUUCACUGUAGAGCUGAUGAAAGGACCUCGAGGUCUUGGGCUGGCACUGGUGGAUGGAAUGAAAACGCCACUGCGAGUGAGCGGGAUCUACGUGAAGUCAGUGGUGCCAGAUUCCCCAGCGGCCCUCAGCCAGAGACUGCGAGUGGGCGACCGGAUCCUCGCUGUGAAUGGACUCAGUCUGGUUGGCGUGGACUACCACAGUGGAAGAGAACUCAUCCGGACGUCCAGCGAUUCGCUGCGAUUACUGGUGGCCAAAACCCAAUCCAGGAGCUUCAUCACCAGAUGCUGAGACACAGAACAGACUCGCCUGACGCUCGACUCCAUCAUUGAGCUGAUCUUUCCUCAUCCAUCCAUUCACACAAAUCUGGAGACCAAUAUUGUGCGCAAACCAAAGGAAAGCAGUUCAACUGAUUCAUUCAUGCUGUUAUUUCAGCUGUUAUUGUUGUUGCUUCUGCUGGAAAACUCUUUGUCUCAAAAGGCCAGAAUAAUAUGUUGAAAUCUUCCAUUCACAUUAGCGUUUAUUUCUCACUUUUCUUUCUAUCUUUAAUGUAAUAUAGUUUAGCAGAUGUUUUAAAGCGUUGUUUACCAGUGUUUUAUUGUCGUUUAGUAUCUGUCCGUCUGUCAUUUUCUGGGUUCAUCAUGAGGAAUAGUUGUGGGACAGACAGAGUUAUUUCAGUUUCCUUAAAGCUCAAACUGGAAACACACAAUUACAGCUUCAUUCUGUUCAUAACAUCCCAACACUGUAAAUAUCAGCCAGAACUGCAUUAGUGUGUGAUAUUUAACCGCAGUGUCACUAUGAAAGUGCUGUUUUAAAUGGUUCAUGUUGCUGAUGUUAUGAAACUACACCUGUACCGUUUUCAUAUUGAUGACAUUUCAUAUUGAUAUUACUUGUGUUUCCUGAUGUCAGUCAUAAAUGAUGAUGUUCUCCUCAGUGCCAGAGAAACAGUGUUAUGUUGUCAU